AUGGAGUUGACCACUUGGAUAGUAGCUUUGUUGGUGUUUCUGGUCAUCUACCUGUGGCUGCAACGUCCAGAUCCACGACUUCCGCCCAGCCCUGUACGACCUUUGCCGGUGGUUGGUCAUCUCUUCUCCAUGGCUCGCGACACUAGACCACAGUUUCGGGAAUGGAGGAAACAAUGUGGAGAUAUUUAUAGCCUGUACAUGGGCCAAUAUCUGGUUGUGGUUCUCAACGGUUACGACCUGAUUAAAGAAGCCUUGGUCAAAAAAGCCGACGCCUUCUCAGGCAGGCCACAAUUUUUCGUGGAUACAGCUACUACUUUAGGUGGCAAAGGGGUCAUUUUUUCUAACGGCACCCUAUGGAAGGAGCAACGAUCCGUCAGUCUGUCCAUCCUCAGAGCUUUUGGGAUGGGGAAGAAUAUUUUGGCAGAGAAGAUACAAGAAGAAGUCGGCUGUUACAUGGACGCUUUGGCCGAUCUCAAGGGAAAACCAACAGAUAUCCGCAUAAUAACCAACAUCAGUACCUCCAACAUUAUCUGUUCCCUCCUGCUGGGUCAAAGGUUUGAUUAUGAUGACACAAAGUUUCAGGAUUUAAUCCAUAAACUUGGCACGUUAGUGGAAGAACAAGAAAUGGUCAGCGCAAUCAACUUUCUCCCUUGGCUAGAAAAGCUGCCUGGAGAUUUUUUUAAAGCCAAGAAAAUAUCUAGAAGUUGUAUUGCAAUAAUUGAUAUGCUUAACAGCGUUCUCAAGGAGAAGAAACGAAACGUCAAUGACUCCAACGAUGUUUGCAACUUGAUUGAUGCAUACUUGAUUGAAAGGAACAAGAAAAUACAAGCCGGCUUAUCUACGACUCUUGAUGAUCAGAAUCUUCUAAAGAUCAUGUUUGAUUUGUUCGGGGCUGGAACUGAAACCACUAGCACCACCAUCUAUUGGUGUCUGUUGUACAUGUUAAAUUACCCGGAAGUGCAGGAAAAGGUUUCUGAUGAGAUUAAAUAUAAGGUAGGAACAGAUCGGGUCCCCACCAUACAGGACAAGACCCAGCUUAACUACCUUAACGCCGUUAUUAUGGAAACACAACGCUUAGCCAGUAUUGUCCCAUUGUCUCUGACCCACAUGUGUUCUGAGGAGGUUACUCUUAAAGAUUACACCCUGCCUAAGGGAACCUGGAUCAUACCCAACCUAGACUCUGUCCUCCACGAAAAGGCCACUUGGGGAGAGGACGCCAUGAGUUUCAGACCUGAACGAUUCAUUGACAACGACGGCAAGUUGAAGAACCCUGAACAGUUUAUCCCAUUCAGUAUUGGACGUCGCGCUUGUCUGGGCGAGAGUUUGGCCAAGAUGGAACUGUUCCUGUUUCUCUCCAACAUGUUCCAGAGAUUCCAGUUCCUUCCGCCAAAUCCAUACGGAGUGCCUCCACUAGCGUACAAGACUAGUGCUGUCGUAAUCCCACAGGCAUACGCCGUGAGGGUCGUAGACAGAAAGUGA